UUAGUUUUUAUAGAAACAAAAGAGCGUAAGAUUUCUGCGUUUCUUGUGUGGAAGAUGCCAAUGAAGACCAGACCCAUUGCAGUGCCAUGAAGAACAUACCCGUUUCCUCAAACCACAACAAAGAAACACAUCUCUCAUAAUGGGUUGUUUUCUUCAUUGUUUAGGUUCCCCAAAACCCAGGCGCAAGACACACCAUCACCAUCGAAAUGCCAGAGACAGGUUAGAGCAACCUUCCGUUCAGGAUUGCUCCAAAACGGUGCUACUUACCACUGAAUCGCAAGUCCAGGCUAAACCUGAGGGGAAAUUAAACGCCAGCCCCAGAAAGAAGGUAACUUUUGAUGUCAAUGUGAAAACGUAUGAGCCUGAACAGGUUUAUGAUUUCCAACCAGAGAAGAGUGAAGAGGAAAGAACUUUGGUUGAGAAAUUAAGCCAAUCAAGGUCUUACUCUGAAGAAAGUUCAGUGACUUCAGUGGAGUCUUAUCCAACAAACCAUAGGUACCACAAUUGCUCUUGUACUGGUGAAGAUGAAGAAGAUGGAGCGAUGGAAUAUUGGGACAGUGAUCUCACUGCUGAAGAUGAGGAUGAUGGUGAUAGUGACAUGGGAGAAGAGUAUGAAGAAGUUGGAGAGGACUUUGAAGAUGGAAUAGUGUACUUAAGGUCGAGAAAUGGUGCUAAUAAUCAAGGGGUUGUUGAGGAGCUGGAAAGUCCAAUUCAUGUGUAUGAUAAGGAUGUGAAAUCAAUGGGGUUGAACCGCAAUGUUCGAGAUAGGAGUGUGUAUGUUCAUCCUGUGCUGAACCCUGUGGAGAAUCUCAGUCAAUGGAAAGCAGUUAAGGCUAAAAGAACACCACCAUUGGUGUCUCAGAAGGAGAAUUUGGUUUUGAAUCAAGCUGCAUUUGGAGCAGAAUCGCCAAAGAAGUUGAACAAGGAAAUCGCAGUUGAUGCUAGCCUUUCAAAUUGGUUGGCUUCAUCAGAAACUACACCGGUCAACAAGGGUUUGUAUGAUGUGGGUACCCCAGAUAGGAGCAGCUCACAAGGCUCAAAUUCAGUGAUGAGUUAUGAAGAUAGGCCUAUUAUAGGCAGUGUUGGGAGCUACUGGAAUUGCGGGGGCUAUGCUGAGGAUUCUGGCUCAGCAAAUAGAGUAAAUUCAAGAAGGGUACAUUUGGAGUGAAAUUUGAAUCAAGUAUGGUUGUCAUGGUUGAGGGUCAAUUUCUGAGACAAGGUUGGAGAGAGAAGAGAUGUUUGUCAUGUAUCCUAGACAAGAUUCCAAUGAUGUGAUUUUGGGUGUUGGGGUGCAUUUUUUGAUUCUUUUGUGAAUGUGAAAGUGUGUGUUGUUUGCUUUCAUGUUGUAAUAUGUGGUCGGAUCAAUACAAUUGUCAUGUAGCUUUUAUCUUUA